AUGAUUGAUUAUACUUUGGUAGUUGAUCGCCGGGCCUCUUCGGUGGAAGACUGCUGUUCCUAUCGCGGUGCAGGAACUGGAAACAGGUACGGCACUGACCAUACCCUUGUACGCGCCCGCUUCAAGAUCCACUUGACUGCUCGCCGGAAGACUCGUCUCCUGGGCAAAUUCAACGUCGCGCUCUUGAAGCGACCUGAGAGAAGUUAUGUUCAAGCGUCGGCCGACCGUGUCACCGUGAUAUUCAGUACCGUUUUCAAAGACCCCGACGAUGUGAUUAUUGGCAAGGUGUUCCUACAGGAACUCACAGAAGUUCGACGUCGAAUUGACCGUGCACCCCAGGUUCUUUAUUCUCAGGGUACCCCACCGGCCGAGCUUCAGGGUACCGAUGCCGCUGUUGGGGACAAUGUAGCCUAUAUAACAUUUGACAAAGCUCAGUCUCACAAAGCCAACUGCUUUGGCACCUCAUGGCUUCCUUUUCUAUCCACGCCCGCCCCUGGAGAGGCCAAUCCAGCAAAUAAACACGGCGGGGGCAGUUUACCGGUCGAAAAGCCCCCGCUAGAUGGACGUAGGAGCGGGAUACCUGGGGCUUACUUACGACGCUGGGAGAAGUAUUUGCACUUCAUUGGACAGCUACUGCCCGCCCAAUCUGGGCAGCCCCCAGCCAAUAAGGUGCUGUCCCGUCCACGUUCCUCUCGUCUAAUUGUGUGA